AUGCACCCUCCCAUGUGCCCGAUCUGGAGCCUUCCACUAGCUCCAUCAGGGAAUCUAGAGCUGCUGUCGUCCCUACAAGCGGUUGCCGACAGGAACAAUAACACCACCAUCAACGAAUGCCGCCUAUUUCUACAUGACAGCCAAAAUCACAUGAGUCUUCUCGUUGACUCAGGGUCGGUCAUCGCCAUAAUUCCACGUGCAUUCUCGCGAUCCUGCAACCGACUCUCAGACCUCAAGCUGUACGCGGCAAACAAUACCUUCAUCAACACUUACGGCCAGCAAUUGCUCACACUCAACAUCGGCAUUCGCCGUCCACUCAAAUGGGCAUUUGUGGUUGCUGACGUCAAAAGUGCCAUCAUCGGAGCUAACUUUCUAACCCACUACGGCUUGAUAAUUGAUCUCAAGGGACAUAGUCUCAUCGACAGGGAAACUCAGCUCACUGCUCCAGGUCAGCUAGCUCAGACCUCAGUUUAUGGCAUCUCAACAAUUGCCUCCGCUGAUUCCGCCCUGCCUCCAGCCUAUCAACAACUCCUCCGUGGGUACAUCAGCAUCAGCAUGCCAGUAGCCAUCUCAACCACCGACACAGAUAAUCCUGUCUCGCAUCAUAUUGUCACCACAGGCCCACCUGUCGUGGAACGUGUAAGGCGACUCACUGGUAAGAAGCUUCAGGUAGCUAAGGAUGAGCUCGACCUUCUACUCCAGUAUAACAUCAUCCAGCUCUCCUCAAGUCAAUAG